AUGAAGGACGAAUUCAGUGACGCAAGCGAGUCGACACCCGGCCGUAGUGAUGGGCAAGCAUCGAAAACACCUAUCGAUGUUUUUAAAGUAGGAGUACGAGUGCCACCAUUCUGGGCUGAAGAGCCGGAGAUCUGGUUCGCUCAGGUCGAAGGUCAAUUUGCCAUUUCCGGUAUAACAAAUGAUCUGACCAAAUUUAAUUACGUUAUUGGCCACCUCGACAACCAAUAUUCGAGGGAGGUGAAAGAUAUCAUUAUCAAGCCACCGGCGACAGAUAAAUACGAAAAGCUAAAGUGCGAACUUAUAAAGAGACUGUGCGCAUCCAACGAAAAAAAGAUGAAGCAGCUCCUAAUGCAUGAAGAGCUCGGGGACCGUAAGCCGUCACAGUUCCUGCGACACCUGCGUGACCUAGCAGGCCCUAACGUCCCAGACGACCUACUUCAGACUAUUUGGAUAAGUCGCCUGCCUCACGGUGUUCAAACAGUUCUCGCAGGUCAACCAGCUAGAACGUCACUGGAAGAUUUGUCAGACUUAGCUGACCGUGUGAACGAGCUUGCUUCGUCAGUUCCGAGGGUUGCAGCCGUUGCAGAGGGCAUUCCUAGUUCUGUUAUUGCUGACCUUACUAGAGAAGUCGCAGAACUUAGGAAGCAGUUCCAGCAGAUGACGUCAGAGAGAAGUAGGAAGCCGCAGCGUAACAGUAGGGGCUCCAGGCGAAACCGUAGCCGUUCUAGACAGCGAUCAGACUCCAACUACAGGAAGCACCCAUUUUGUUGGUACCACAGUAAAUUUGGUGAAAAGGCCCAUGACUGCAUUCGACCAUGCGACUACAAGUCGGGAAACCCCAAGGGCAGUCGAUAA